AUGACCCCAUCAUCCUCCGCUCAACCUCGACCGCUCCCCGGUCCAGCCGUCAUCGGUGCAUCCAGCGUACACGGGGACGAUCCCAACCGUCGUCAGGACAACGCCGAGGACGAUCCAGAUUCAUCGACUGCGACGACGGCCCAUCCGAUCCUUCAUCCGCAUCGACUCCCCCACCGAAGGUUCAUAGGCCCCUUACCUGAGAGCGUGCUCAACAGUACAGAAGUUGAAGAGGCAAAACGGUGGUAUGAGAGUUUGAGGGAGACGCUGAGGAGACAAGAACACGACGAUCAAGGUCGAGAUCAUCAUCGUCCUCACCGUCAUCGAAACGGCGACGAUGCAGGAGACUGGACGGACCAGGGCCCAUCGAGGAACCCUGUGAGGAAAGCCGGGCAGAUCGGAAGAGCGGUCGGGGAACAUGUCAGGCAUCCUCUACAUCCCCACCAACGGACCACGCCGAACGCUUCGGAUGGACAUAGCCUCUUUGCCGAGAGUUACAUGACGGACGAGACACGCCAGACCGACCUGACGACCGAUACGAACGCCACGAAUACGAACAAGAACAACAAUGUCUUGUCCAAGCUCGGAUGGAAGAAGAAGGAUAGCAAACCACGCAGACCGAACGUGUGGCACGGUGAAUCUUUCGACAUUGGCAGUUCGUUCCGGCCGCUGAGGACCGUCUCUUGUGCCAGUAUCACCGCUUCGAACGGUUCUGGUUCGAACGUCAGAUGUUUCAAGAGGUAUGGAGGGUUGAUCGAUGUGGAUGACGAGUAUCUCACUCCGUCUGAUGUUGAGGAUAAAGGUGAUGAGGCUGGGAAUGGGAAAGGCACGAUUUAUGGGUCUCCGAAGAGCAUGUCCCUGGCAGACGGAGAGGGAGAUGAGCGACCAGGUCUUUCAUCGAGAGGAACCGGGACGACGGUACAGUCUUUCCAGACUGCUCGAACACAUCAAACAAGUUCCAGGGCAGGGACGGGAGUGUCAACGAGGACACAAUCGUUCCAGACCGCCCGGACCCAUCAACCCGCUCCCGGUCCUAGCACUAGUGCCUCCGAAUCUCUGGUCCCUCCGCCUUUCGACUCCCGGACGACUUCCACCUCGAUGCAGACGACCCAGACGGGCGACUUUCAUUCGGCAUACUCUUCGAUUCCCGCCCCAUCCCUACUCGACACGGACCCACCAGAGUUUUCCACCCAGACGCAAAGGGCGGGAUCGUCGAGCACGACCGAUCACGGAUCUACACGCAGGUUGAUCCCCCCCGCGACCGGGGUCACGUAUGAUACGUCGCGUCAAUCCGACCACAGUGCGAACCAUAUCGGCGUCCCACCGGUUCAGCCGGAAUUAGGGGAUAGGCAGAAGGAAGAAGAGGCGAUGGAGGUCUUGAAGGGGAGACGAUCUUCAGCUCCAGGAUCUGGGUUGGGAUUGAGGGGGUCGGGUGGCAAGUUGAAGUCGGCUUUAAAGUUUCGCCAUAGGGCGGUGAAUGAGGAGGAACAUGAUCACGGAAGUACCACGGCUGCAGAUGGGGUCGAUGGAGUAGCGGGGAUACCAGCGGGGGUUGAGGGUCUUCCCGGAAGACCCCCAGCGAAGAAGACCAAGACGGUCCAGUUUCCCGUCGGGCGGGAACUCGACGAUCGGGGUUCGGAAUCGAUCUCUGGGCUGAGGACACGGUGGAGAGGUUUACGAGAUCGAUUGAGGGACGAUGACGACGACGACGGCGAUGGUGGGGAAGAGGAUGAUGCGGAUGGGAAGAGCGACCAUUCCCUCGAGCCCGCCGAUCCGAGGGAAGUACUCGCCAGGACGGGGCCCGAGGUGGUCGGGACCUCGGCUGGGGUAGUCGAAGCGCAUCGGGGUCCACCGGGUCCAUCAGAAACCCCAAUAGAUGUAGUGGACCCGGCUGUCAACCUCUCUACGAGCCGGGACCCGAGGAAGGGUAAAGAAAAGGCUAAAGGAAAGGACAGGGCGAUGGGCAACUGUGAACUCGGAUUGGACCCUACGGUGGAGACGGAAAUGGAAGCGCAUCCGGACGCCGUGGUGCUUCGGGAUCGUAUGUUGGUAAGGGUAGGGAAGAGCAAGGAACGAGGGUUGGCUGGCUAUGACGAGGCCAUGUCGAGGAGACGACCUUGUUCGCGGUUGGACCGGAUGGAGGAAUACCUCGUCAUAUAUCGGAAAGGGCGAAUCGAGUUGUAUCAAGAAUGGAGGCUCCCCCUGAAGGAACGAUUCGUCCGGACGAAACGACUAUGUUUUACCAUCCCCCUCCAUCCGAAAUAUACGACCUUUUCCUUGUUCUCCCCUGUCGACCUUUCCUUCGCGCUCUGUCUUGACAUGGUACCGUUUGUGGAGGAAUUCGAUGGAGACCAUGGAGGCCGUCGGACCGCCAACAUGCGUCGACGGUUAAAAGACUCGAAACAGCUCGAGUGGCUCAAGGGAGGAGAACGCGGGAGUCAAGUCUUCAUCUUCAACUGCCGAGAACGGAUCCGAGCGAUGGACUGGAUGUGGGAGAUCUGGAAGGAUCUCGACGGAGUCUUGCCAGAGACGCUCGAAGUUUACGUUCCCAACUUGCAGACCACAAUCAAGCUCGCGAGGCCCAUAGAAGACUCGGUCGGAAGCAUGGCUACAUGUCGAGCGCUGUCCCGGAGCAAAAUUCUGAAGACGGCAGUCGAUGCGCUCAGACGAUUACCAACGUUUGACAUGCUCGUCGAAAGCGCUCGUCGGGAGACGAACGAGAUGUUGCGACUGGAGUUGGCAUGGAAACGGGAGGAAUACCUGGAAUGGAUCAGCAAGCAGGACGAGAAGAGAUCGGAAGGGAGCAAACGAGAGUGGUCAUUGCUAGCGGGUCUUUCCAUCAUAAGCCCUGCCCACUCUGCCCGUCUCGAAUUGCGAGGCGCACGACAUUCAACAUCGGUGCUGAAACUCAGCGACGGAAGCAAGCUGGAAGAACCGCCAUGCGUCGAAGGGUAUCUCUAUCGCCUCGGCCGCAAGCAGGGCAAAGCGAGCAGGGAGCAGAUCUACGUAUACUCCUUCAACGGAAACCUGUUUUCUUCCUCGCCGAGACAAGCGCAGACGCCGCUUCCACCGCAGCAUGUCGACAUCACUGGUGCAGCGACCGAUUUCAAGCUUCUUGAUACCUUCAUGAGCAACGAGUUUGCUCGAGGUUCGCGUAACAUAUUAGAAUGCACCGGCUUUGUCGACUUUCGUGAUAUCGUAGCGGUGCGAAGCAAAGCCCACAAACCGAAGAAGACGAUGACGAUGAUGGGUGCAAUGACGAGGACUACAGAAGUCGAUUACGCGCCAGAUGUCGCACAGGCGCCCAAGGGAAGCAAGGUAUUCGAGAUGAUACUGGACAGGACCGGGGAAAAGGUCCGCUUCGAGGCUCACAACCCUGAGGCUGCCAAGGAGUGGGUCGAAAGGCUUCGCAAACUGCAUGAUUACUGGUCCCAUCGUCAACGCGUCGACGCCCGCUCGAGAAUGGAUUCUAUUCGAUCUGCUCUCCGGGGUCCCAACAAAUUUCUCGAGGAUGCGAUGGAGAAUGAGAAUGACCCGGAGCUGGGACUCCAAUGGAAUUGGUGCCCGAUCGAAGGAUGCAGUCCGGUGAUUCAUGGUGGGCGACUGUUUGUCAAGCAUUCGAGAAGCAGUCAAUUCAGAGCAUACUACACCGUUCUCACCCAGGGCUAUCUUGUUACAUUCAAGCUCGAGCAUGGCGCCUUCCACAUGAGACGUAACAGAUACUCCCUGCUGGAAGCUUAUGUGUAUAGCGGCGUUCUGGCCGAGGCCGAACUUAAUAGUGUAUUGAGGGAAGAUGCCUUUCACGGUGAAGCUCGAAUCUAUCAAGAUGGACUGGAAACCGCCGACGUCGCUGAGGACUGCACUUUUGCCGUCUGGAUACGCAAACAUGAAACUCGUGGAAAGAUUUCCCACAAGCGGACACCCCAACAACUCCACGAGCGCAUCCAUAGUGACGAUAACUAUAUCCCACCCUUCCUAGGAAAGCCUGCUUCGCAACUUGUACUUUUCCGAGCGAGAUCAAAGCUGGAGCGAGACAAGUGGAUUAGAAUUCUCCAGAUCGAGAUACAACGGCAAGCCGAUGCACAUCCAGAGAGGACUAGCAAGGCACGCGGAAGCGGUUUAGUACCCGAAUGA